AUGUUCGAGAUGAAGAAAACCAUUGACGCCUUGGUUGUUUUAGCAGGUAAGGUUUCAGAAUAUAACGCAAAAAUGAACCCGCAAUGUUCAAAAUGUAAAGCAGCAAUGAGGAAAUAUAACUACUCCGUCAAAGAGAUAGAACGUAUGCGAAACGACUAUGCUGACUUAAAGAAAGAAGCAGAAAAGCCAGCAGAAGAUAAAAUGGACAUGUUGACAUUUCUAAACAAAAACUAUCCAACCGCUAACGAUUUCCUUCUUUCAGAUGUCAAGAAGAAGUAUAAAGAAACUUUCGGUAUCGUUAAAACUUUUGACAUACUGACAGAAGAAAUAGAAGCUACGAAAUUGUUUAGAGUCAUGAACCAUCGCAACAUAUACCAUGUAAAACGCUUGUAA